AGAACAAAGAGAUCUAAUAAGCUUAAACUGGGUAGGGGAAGGAUAAGGAGGCAUCUCGGCCAGCACUUUCCCAAGUCAGUUCUACGGCACUUGUUAUUUGCUUCAACAGGAAAUAUUAUUGGUUCACUAAAUAUUAUCAGAUUAAGAUAAAAUUCCUCCACUGAUCAGGCUUCAUCUUUCUGCACAAUGAGGAGCAUAUUUUUUGCAUUUUAUCCAGGGCUCUGGGUCCUGCUAAUAUCAUCAGGAGCUACUGCCCAGAAGGCUGGAGUUCCCUGUGCUAGGUGCCCACAGAAUGGCCAUUGUACCAAUGCCACUUUCUGCCGCUGUGAUCCUGGAUUCACGUCUCUGUCUGGGCAGACCAUCUUUAGCAACCCCUUGGAGGUCUGUACAGAUAUCAAUGAGUGUGGUCCACCAUUAUACAUGUCUUGUGGAAACUUCGCAGAUUGUCACAAUGUGGAGGGAAGUCAUUAUUGUGAGUGCACCUCUGGGUAUGAGCUCCUUUCAGGGGGCGUCAAAUUCAAAAGUGAGAAGGAGAACACUUGUCAAGAUGUGGACGAGUGCAGCUCGGGACACCACCAGUGCCACAACUCCACCCACUGCAUCAAUGUAAGGGGCAGCUACAGGUGCUACUGUCACCAUGACUGGGUGGCCAGGUCCAGCCCUCUGAAUACUUUAAACACCACUGUCUGUGAAGACGUCCCCUUCUCAUGGACACCACCUUCUGGAGUCAAGAGUCAGAGCCUCUCUCAGUUCUUUGACAAAGUCCAGAAGUUAUCUCAAGACUUCAAACCAGCCUUGGCUGAGAACACCAUCCAGGGUCUCUUGCAGGAGGUGGAUAAGCUGCUGGAGACCCCUGGGGACCUGAAGACCCUGCCCUACUCAGAGCAGCACUGUGUAGCCACUAACUUGCUCAUUGGUCUGGAGGAUGUUCUGAAAGGGCUAAGCAAGGUUUUGCCCAAUGGGCCAUUGACUUUGCAAGCUCCUGCAGGCACAGAACUGUCUCUGAAUGUGCAGAAGCAAGAUCUGGGAGACGUCACCUUGGAACAGAGCCAGGCAAAGAUGCAGUUGAACUGGGAUGUGGUGCAGAAAUCCAGUGACUUGGGCCCUUCUGUGGUGGGCCUGGUCUCCAUUCCAGGGAUGCGAAAGUUGCUGGCUGAGGCCCCACUGUUUCUGCACCCUGAGAAGCAGGCUGUUUUGCAUGAGACACACAAGGGAUUACUGCAGGGAGUCUCCACUGUCCUAUUCUCAGAUGUCAACUCUGCCUUUCUGAGCAACAAAGAUACCCAGAACCUCAGCUCCCCGGUCACUUUCAUCUUCUCCCAUCAUUCGGUGAUCCCUGGGCCAAGGGAAGAGGUGCUCUGUGUCUUCUGGGAACAUGGUCAGGAUGGAUGUGGUCACUGGGCCACCAAAGGCUGUAUGAUGGUGAGCACCAGAGAUACCAGCAGCACCUGCCAAUGCACCCACCUCAGCAGCUUUGCUCUCCUCAUGGCCCAGUAUGAUGUGCAGGAAGAGGAUCCUGCCCUGGCUGUGAUCACGUAUGUGGGGCUGAGCCUCUCUCUGCUGUGCCUCCUCCUGGCAGCCCUCACUUUCCUGCUGUGCAAAGCCAUCCAGAACAUCAGCACCUCACUGCACCUGCAGCUCUCGCUCUGCCUCUUCCUGGCCCACCUGCUCUUCCUCACGGCCAUCGACAGAACUGAGCCUAAGGUGCUAUGUGCCAUCAUCGCAGGUGCCUUACACUAUCUCUACCUGGCCUCCUUCACUUGGAUGCUGUUGGAGGGCCUGAACCUCUUCCUCACAGCACGCAACCUGAUGGUGGUCAACUACUCCAGGGUAAGAAGGUUUAUGAGAAAGUUCAUGUUCCCUGUGGGCUAUGGAGUCCCGGCUGUGAUUGUGGCUAUUUCUGCAGCUUCCAGGCCUCACCUUUAUGGAACACCUGCCCAGUGCUGGCUCCACAUACAGAAAGGAUUUAUAUGGACCUUUCUUGGCCCCGCAUGCACCAUCUUCUCUAUUAACUUGGUUUUCUUUUUGAUGACCUUCUGGAUUUUGAAAAACAAGCUCUCCAUGCUCAACAGUGAUAUGUCUACCCUCCAGAACAUGAGGAUGCUGACAUUUAAGGCAAUAGCUCAACUCUUCAUCUUGGGCUGCACAUGGUGUCUGGGAAUCCUGCAGGUGGGUCCAGCUGCCCAGGCCAUGGCCUAUCUCUUCACCAUCAUCAACAGCCUGCAGGGUGUCUUCAUCUUCCUGGUGUACUGUCUCCUCAGCCAGCAGGUCCGGGAGCAAUACAGGAGGUUGAAAGGGUUCAAGAAAACCAAAGCCAACUCUGAGAAGUACACACUCUCUAGCAGGGCCAUGUCAGAUGCCCCUGAAUACAAUGUGGUAAGAUCAUGCAUUGUUCCAGAACACUUCACUAACUGAUCCCACUGAACUUCCAUGCUCAUCACACUAGACAACUUGGGUAUAUAGUAGUAAAUGCCCUAAGAUAAGCUACACUUGGUUUACUCCUAGACUCACUCAAAGACAUUUUUGUGUUAUGAAUGGAGGUCUUCCUCUACUUUUACUCACUGUGUUUCUGUGCUCAUCUUGACCCUGGCACAUGACUAUCUUCUAAUUCUCCAUACAUGUGGAAUGCCUACUUUGUAUGACAUGGUACAUGUGUUGGUUUUUUGUUUGUUUGUUUGGGUUUUUUUGUUGUUUGUUUUUUGUUUGUUUGUUUGUUUGUUUGGUGAGAAGAUACAAAACACUUCCAAAACACUUCUUCAUAAACAGAGACAGAAGCUAUGGUCAGCUCAAAAAGCAGGAACUAAUGAUCUGAAGCUGUGAUUCUCAAACUGCAUAGUCACAGCACCGUCCUUUAUCCCUAGUUAUUCCAUGGUACCCUCUAUGUAAAAAAACAAUAAAUACAUGGUAUAAGUCAUAAACCUUAAGUGAAAUAAGUAUUAAGUUGGAUUUUACUUUCCUUAAAAGCCUGUAGUUAUUCUUGAUAUUAUCAGUACAUACCCACAUGGGAAAGUCAGGAGAAUAAUUACAGCGUACAGAGGAGAGAUCCUGGCAGUGUGAAUUCCAACAAGUAUUUUUAUGUUUGGGUUUACAAACCUUUUUGUAUAUUUUUUGUUCACAUGUUCUUCACAUCUGCACUUGAAGGUAAGUAUUAUGUUUCCUUUUGUGGAUGAAAAAAGUGAGACUCAUGAGGUUCAUAUAAAUCGUGUAAGGACUUCAGCCUCUUCAAUUUCCCCCAACUUCAAUAUGCCCACCACACUGCCUGGCAAAACUUCUGCAGUUCUCUCUUCCACUUUCUUGUUCACCCUCUGCAACUGCUACUUCCCAAACUCUGUACCCUUCUAAGGUUUUGUCCUUCUAACUCUUUUCUUUUCCCAGCAGAUGUUCCUACUAACUUCUUCACAUAGAAAAUACAAGUAAGCAGGAUGAAUCAAGGUCAACUUUGUACUCUCAAAAACACCAGCUAUUUGACAUCUGGUUCAUUCUCUCCUUAUUCCACCUUACUACCACAGACAAAACAUGCGUCCUACUUUUAAAGUUAAUCCUUCCACCUGCACUCUGUU